AUGAGUGAGGGCACUAGUCCCUCAAGCAUCUAUGAUGAUGGCACCAGGAGCACUCCCAGUAAUUUGCCCAAGGCAGCCACUAGGUCAAGGAAGAAGAGAACCUCAGAUUCUGAGGAUGAGAAUUAUGUGGCUACAGAGGAGGAAGUGAGCUCCAAGAAGAAAGUCCUAAAAAAGGAGUAUGGCACUACUGCUGCAACCAAGCCUGGGUUGCACAAGAAGGCACCAGCUAAAAGAGUCCCAAUGUCAAAGGCCAAAUCCUCCACUCAGGAACCUCCCAAAUCAACUGAAGGAGAGGCUGCUGUUGAAGAUAAGAAGAAGAAGGAAAGAAAGAGAGGAAGAUGGUGCAAUAAGGUGGACCCGAUGGCAGAAUUUGAAAGGCAUUCUUCUGAAGAAGAAGAUGAAGAGGAAGAGGAUGCUGCACCAACACCCAAGUCCCAGAAGCUUAUGGGGGAUGCUAUCAAGUCAGGGGCUGCUCCAUCUAAGCCCAAAACUGCUCCCAAAGCUACUGCUCAAGCUCAGAAACCUUCUAAGCCCAAGAGAAGCACCAGGAACAUCCCGGUUGAAGAGAAGAACAAGGCCCCAGUGCCUGAAGUUGAAGAGGAAGAUGUUGAAGCCCAAGUGCUGAGAAAACUGAAACCAAAGAUUCCAGACCGCAAUGACACUCAUCCAGUGGCAGAGGACAUGAGCAUCAGGAAGGAUGCAGAAUUUGAAGAUAACACAGUUGUGAUGAAUGAGGAUGAUCCCACCUCAGAGCAAGCACAAGAGAAGAGAGCUAAGGCAAAGGCAGAAAAGGCUGCAAAGAUGCCAAGUGUUGAGGAGGCAUCUCAGGUGUUCUUAAAGAGCAAACAAGAUCAACUAGCUUAUCUGAUUCAAGCAACUUUGAGGAUUGAGAAGGGCUUGGCCACCUUGACUCAAAAUCAGGAGAGCUUGGAAAGGAUCAUUGAGACCAAGUUUUAUGAUCUUGAUCUGAAAGUCAUUAAGAUACAGACAGCAGUUGAGUAG